AUGGGGCUUGCUUGUAAAGUGUUUGUGGUGAUAAUUUCUGUUCUUGUAUUUAUAGCUGUAGCUCUUAGUUUUUUAAAUGUUGAAUUAAAUAUUCCAAAACAAACUUUUAACCGUUUAACCGGUUAUCCAGUUUGGCAUCCAGUAAUUGAUGGAUAUGAUCAGAGCCAACUUGAUGCAUUAAGUGUAUUUGUCGAGGUGGUGAUGGCAAUCGGUGCAUAUAUUGGAUAUCAUACAAUUAAAAAUAAGCCGAAAUCCAAUAAAUAUUCGACAAUAUUUUAUGAAUACAAUGAUGGACACAGCAAACGUAAAAGACAUAGAAAUGACGAGUUAUAUUAUUUGAUAGUGAUUUACAUUAUAACAACUAUUGUUUCAGGCUUUACUUAUGCGAUAUUUGAUAUUGGUAAAUUAUUUGGAAUGGUUGCAGUAAAUCACAAUAUAUUAGAAUAUGUGUUGAUAGUUUGGAUACUAUCAGGAGGAAAAAUCAACUAUUCAAAAUGGUAUGCAUUUUUCUUUAUACAUCUUUUGAUCGUUGGUGCACUUACUAUAUUCUUAAAAUGGCCUUAUGAUGCUAUUGCCUUUAGAAUUCAAGGCUUGACACUUGAUAUAUUAUUAUUUAUUGAACUUACAAGAACAUAUUUUACAACACUUCAUAAUUUAAAACAAAAAAAUCGUAUUGCAUUGGUUGACGAUGCAUCGUUUAUUCAUGGAUUGGGCAACACUAUAAAUACCUUUUAUUAUGCUCAACAAACUCCGUAA